CUGGAAAAAAUAUUUUAACUGCUUCUGACCUGAAAGUAAACCUAUCCAAGUUUCACAUGGAUAACUACAGCAGUGACGAGGACACAGAUGCUGACGUUGACACCCAACUCAUCAUCCAACAGAGUUUGCUGGACACUUACAAGCCAGGAGUAACUCCACACAGUCCAGAAGAUGAGAGAUCCCAUUCCAUUUUGAGUGACGAUUAUAAGAAGAUAGUUGAAGCAAUAGAGACAGGUAAGGAAGACGCGCUGGCACACUUAGCCAAGUACCAUUCUGCCUUUGCUGAAGCCGGCGGGAGUGGCUGGCUCCCUCUGCACAAGGCAGCAGCGCAGCUAAAUAAGAACAUCUUGGAGAUGGCCCUGAAUGCUUCCGAACCCAGCAUGUGGGAACAAACCACCCACAAUGGUGAAACACCCCUUUUUUUGGCUGUCAGCAGUAGCCUCCUAGAAAAUGCCUGUUUUCUCCUUCUCAAUGGCUGCGAUCCAAAUGCUAAGAAUUUUGAAGGCAAUUCUCCUCUUCUUACAGCUGUUCUGAAUGACUCCUACGACAUGGUCGCCUUGCUGAUCAGCCAUGGAGCAGACGUCAACCUGCGGUGUGCCAAUGAGAGGACAGCUCUCCAUGAGGCUGCCAAGCUAGGCAGAAGGGACAUGGUGAAGUUAAUGCUGGCCUCUGGAGCACAUCCAGAUGCACGGAGCUCCUAUGGAUUUACUCCUCUUGCCCUGGCUGCUCAAGGCGGACACACUGAAAUCAUGGAACUUCUACUGCAGAAAGGAGCUGAUGUUCAUAGUCAGGCCUCUGAUUCUUCCUCCAUUUUACUUGAAGCGGUUAGAGGAGGGAAUCCAGAUUCUGUGACUCUCUUGCUAGAGUAUGGAGCUGAUGCCAACAUUCCUAAAAGUUCAGGCCACCUGCCCAUUCACGUGGCAGCUGACAAAGGCCACUUCUUAGCUCUGAAGAUUCUGAUCCCAGUCACAGACAUUGCUGCCAUCAAGAGGAGUGGGAUCAGUCCAGUUCACUGCGCAGCGGCAGGGGCGCGCCCCGAGUGCCUGGAGCUUCUCAUUCAGGCUGGAUUUGAUGUGAAUUUCAUGCUAGAUCAGAGAAUCCGUAAACACUAUGAUGACCAAAGGAAGUCGGCUUUGUACUUUGCUGUUUCAAAUGGUGACCUCUCUUCAGUCAGGCUGCUUCUGGGCGCUGGAGCUCUACCCAAUCAAGACCCUGUCAACUGCCUACAGAUAGCUCUCAGGAUGGGCAACUAUGAGCUCAUUAGCCUGCUACUGAGGCACGGGGCCAAUGUCAAUUACUACUGCAGGGUUAAUCCUCUGCACUUCCCAUCAGCACUACAAUACACACUGAAAGAUGAAGUCAUGCUCAGGAUGCUGCUGAAUUAUGGGUACGACACCGAGCGAUGUUUUGAUUGUCCUCACGGGGAAAGGGUUCAUCAUCUUUGUACUUUUGAAGGCUGGACAUCGACAGUUAUUAAAGAUACUAUGUUCUGUGAAGUCAUAACUUUGUCAUGGCUACAGCAUCUCUCUGGGAAAGUUGUUCGAGUGAUGCUUGACUAUGUCGAUCAAGUGCAAAUCUGUUCCAAACUGAAAGCUGUGCUCGAAAAACAGAAGCUCUGGUCAGAAAUACAUUUUAUCUUGACAAACCCCCGUUCUCUCAAACAUUUGUGCCGCCUUAAGAUCCGGAAGUGUAUGGGACGGUUACGUUUGCGCUGCCCUGUCUUCAUGUCAUUUCUUCCACUGCCCAAUCGCCUGAAAACUUAUAUCCUUUACAAAGAAUACGACCUUUACGGACAGGAACAUGUUACAGGAAGCUGGUAACUGGGCAGCUCUGGAGGAAAAGGUAUACUCUGCAGCAUUUCGUUAACCACCUGCUUGUUGCUGAGUGACUUUUUCUUUUCUUAGUAACUACAAUCUCAGUAUGGUCGAUAUUGUUUAAGAAGUUGCUCUAGGUGGGAUAGCUCUCUAAAAGCCUUUCAGAAGCCCCUCAAAUAACACAGGUCAUUGCUCCUGCUCCUAACCCCCACUGUAAUCGACAGUGAGACGCUACUGCCAAAGCCAUCACACUCUGUGGUUGCAGGACAGAGAUCUCAGGAAAUGACCUGGAAGUUUCUUCCUCGCUGGCUAGCUUUCCUAGUGCUGGAGCUGCUAUGCAGACAACUGGACAGCGCUGGAGCCAGCGCUGUCUUAGCCGGGGGCUCUGCACAGCACAGUACUCAACUACCCCUGAAGUGCCCCUGCUUUACCAGUGGCAGCACUAUGGUGGGCUAAAUCAACUCUUCUCUGACUGGAUCCGAGACUCUCUCCACAGGAAGGAGUUUGUGCCUGUUGCAAGAGAUUGCUGCUGAUGUUUUAAAGCCCCAGGCUGCAGAGUUCAUAAGUCCCAGGAAGCUUGUGCUAAUUUGAACAUGUUGUCAAACUGCCUUUUAAGUAUGUUACACUCAUAAAUUAGUUAUCUCAGCUUUGGACAGGGAAAUCUCUUUUUUCCGUGGGUGUC